AUGGCAUUAGUAUCUGCGGCUCCAUAUUUGGCAUUACUUGGUGAACCAGAUAUCAGCUUGAAGUCGUACGCUUUAUCAUCGUUGAAUGAUGUGGUUGACCAAUUAUGGGCAGAGAUAGCUAACAAUAUUACCGACUUGGAAGAAUUGUUUGAAAACACUUCAUUUGAAAAAAGAGCUUUGGCUGCUUUGGUGAUCUCGAAAGUCUAUUACAACUUGGGUGACUUUGAUGCAUCUGUCAGGUAUGCAUUGUACGCGGGCAACGAAUUCAAUGUGGAAGAACAGUCCCAAUAUGUGGAGACAAUUGUCAGUAAAUGCAUCAACUUGUACAACUCAUUAUCUCAGCAAAAGUUUAGUGAUGAUUCAGUAGUGAUAGAGCCUAGGUUGGCGUCAAUUUUUGAAAAGAUGUUACAGAAAUGUUUAAAGGCAAAAGAAGUGAAGUUGACAUUAGGUAUUGCAUUGGAGUCAUAUAGAUUGGACUUGGUGGAAUCUAUUUUGAAAGAUCAAAUCGCAGAAAAUGAAGAGCAAGGACUCAAUUUGAUAAAUUAUGUUUUGGUUUGCUCGAACUCUACUAUCACAAACUCAAUCUUCAGAGUAAAGAUUUUGAAUACUUUGAUAUCAUUAUUGUUGACUUUAAAGAAACAUCAAGAUUUUUUCACCAUCAUCAAGAUUAUUGUUCAAUUAAAUGAUUCACAGCUUGCAAUCAACUUAUUUCAAGAGUUGGUCAAACAAGAUGAAGAAUUGAUUGCGUAUCAAGCUGCAUUUGAUUUGGUAAACACAGCAUCACAAGAGCUUUUGGACACUGUUAUAAAAUCUUUUUCUGAUGAAAGCGGCAAUAUAAUAGUGAAAAAGAUUUUAAACAUAUUAUCUGGUGUACCAACGUCUGACUUUGACAACACGUUUCUUUACAAAAAUAACGACACAGACAUCACUAUAUUAAACAAGACUAAGAACCUUUUAGAUGGAAGAAGUUCAGUCUUCCACUCUGCAGUUACGUUUGCUAAUGCUUACAUGCAUGCAGGUACCACCGAUGAUUCAUUUUUUAGAAAAAACUUGGAGUGGUUGGGAAGAGCUACAAAUUGGUCAAAAUUUUCAGCCACUGCCGCCCUUGGUGUUAUUCAUAAAGGAAACCUCUCACAAGGACGUACCAUUUUGAAACCAUAUCUACCAGGUUCAAGUAGCGCCGCUCAUACCAAGGGUGGUUCUUUACUCGCAUUGGGAUUCAUUUACGCCGGCCAUGGUAGAGAAGUUGUAGGAUAUUUGAAAAAAUUCAUUGAUGAUAAUGGUAAUGCAUCUGGAGCCAAUGAUAUCGAGGUUCAAUUACACGGUGCCUCUUUAGGUGCUGGUGUUGCUGGAAUGGAUUCUCAAGCAGAAGAUUUAUACGAAUCUUUGAAAGUUGUACUUUACUCCGAUUCUGCCACUUCAUCGCAAGCCGCUGCUUUAGGUAUGGGUUUGGUGUUGCUUGGAUCAGGAAAUGAAGCAGCCACCAAUGAUAUGUUGACGUAUGCUUUGGAGACUCAGCACGAGAAUAUAAUCAGGAGUUUGGCUGUAGGUAUUGCUUUGUUGCAUUACGGUCGCGAGGAAAAGGCAAACUACAUCAUUGAAGAUUUAUUAAAACAAGAGUCAUCUAUUUUGAGAUACGGUGGUGCAUUUGCUGUUGGUUUGGCAUUUGCCGGAACUGGAGACAAUGGUGCCAUCAAGAAGUUGUUGCAUUACGCUGUUUCAGACCCUAGUGAUGAUGUGAGAAGAGCUGCGGUUUUAAACUUGGGUUUUGUGUUGAUACGUGAUUACACUGCUGCCCCUCAAUUGGUUAAGUUGUUGUCUCAAUCCCACAACCCACAUGUCAGAUAUGGUACAGCUUUGGCUCUAGGUAUCUCGUGUGCUGGUAGAGCCUAUGCUCCUGCAAUUGAGGUUUUGGAGUCUUUGACAAAAGAUGCGGUUGAUUUUGUAAGACAAGGAGCCAUGAUGGCAACGGCAAUGAUUCUCAUACAACAAAAUGAGUUCUUGUACCCAAAGGUAAAGGACUUUACUAAACAGUAUGCUGAUACUAUCAAGAAUAAACAUGAGGAUGCUUUGGCUAAAUUUGGAGCUACGUUAUCUCAAGGUAUUAUUGAUGCAGGUGGUAGGAAUGUGACAAUCAAUUUAGAAAACGCACAGACAACCACUUUGAACACAAAGGCAAUUGUCGGAUUGGCAAUCUUUUCUCAAUCGUGGUACUGGUUCCCCUUGGCUCACUUUUUAUCCUUGUCAUUUGCACCAACGUCUGUGAUUGGAGUUAGAGGUGGUGAUUUGAAGAUACCAAAAUUUGAACUAAAUUGUCAUGCAAACCAGGAGUAUUUCCAAUAUCCUCCUAAAGUAGAAGAGUCUAAGGAAAAGCAACCAGACAAGUUGGCCACCGCUGUGUUGUCUACCACUGCUAAAGCCAAAACAAGAGCAAAGAAGAAGCAACAUAAAAAAGAGGAGGAUGAUAAAAUGGAAGUUGAUGAUGAGAAAAAGGAUGAGAAAAAGGAUGGCAAAAAAGUGGAAAAGAGGUCAGAAGACACAUCAGAGCCUGUACCUAAGGAUAAUAAGGUAUCUGCAUCCAAAGAAGAUAACAAGAAGGAUGAAAACAAGGAAACGAGCUCUCAACCAGCAACUAUACGCUACACAAAGACCCCUUACAAGAUUGAAAAUUUGUCUAGAGUUUUACCACAACAAUCCAGUUAUGUGUCGUUCAUUAAAGAUGAUAGAUUUGUACCUGUUAGAAAGUUUAGAGGAACUGGUAGUAUUAUUGUCUUGCAAGAUACCAAGCCAGAUGAAUCUGUUGAAUUUAUUAAGACUGUCAGGCAAUUGAAUAUAACAACCGCACCAGUACCUGAACCAUUUAUAUUGAGCGGAGAAGAUUUAGAGGACGAAUAG